UCAGUUUGACUAAAUGUUGAACCAAUGUCGCAGAGACAAACCAAGGACAUUUAAUGUUAAUAAGCAGGACAUCUGGGUUCUGAAAAUUCACUGGACACAAAAAGGACCUAGUAUUUGAAUGAUGCUACAAGUUUAUUGGUCAAACAUCUCCAAAAUGCCAGAUGAAUGAAACAGAAAACAAUAAGCAACAAAGAGCUUCAAGAGCCAGCAGCUGGAUAAUUGUUUUUCGGUUUGAUCCACGAAGUAACUCAUGGAUUCAGGUUGCUGGCAUGCUGGAAAGACGCACACGGUUUCACGUGGAUACAAUUUUAGACCGCAUUAUUUCUGUGGCAGGGGGCACACUGCUAGGGAACCUCACUAAUACAGUAGAGGAAUACAAAUGUGAAAAGAACAAAUGGGAGUUUGUAACACCCUUCCCUGUGGCAGUGGCGGACCACACUGGGGCUGUGCACAAAGGCAUUCUCUAUAUUUCAGGUGGAUUCUCAGCAGGAAAAGCUCUAAAUGAUCUGUACAGUUAUAUCCCAAGACUGCAGCGAUGGAUCAUUAACCAACCCAUGACAUUUGCCCGGUGUGACCAUGGAAUGGCUACCAUUGGAGACAAAAUAUUUUGUGUAGGGGGAAGAGCUUUGAACUCAUCAAAUGAAUGGCUUCAUGUAAAUGAAACUGAGUAUUACAUCCCAGCAGCUGAUCAGUGGACAACACUUAAGGUAUCGCCCUUUGACUGCUGUCAAUUUAGCACUUGUGUGCACAAUUCCAAACUCUACAUCACCGGUGGGGGUUCUCUGUGUCAAAUGGCCAAAAAGGACAGCAUUUUUAUUUAUGAUCCAGAAGCCAGAAAAUGGGAGAGAGCAGGUGCAUUACCUCUGCCGUUGAUGGAUCAUGUUGCAUGCACAGUUAAACUCUCUGGGCAGAUUUUACAUAAGUUAAAACGUGAGAUGUGUGUCCAUCCUCUUCUUGGGACAAAAAAGACUUCCACUCUCAAUCUAUUUGUUACUGAUUAGUCUAGUAUUAUACUUACAACAUGGGCACAUAUGAAUGUAAUUCAAAAAAUGAAAUUGUAUGGCAAGGGUAAAAAUGUUAAAAUACAAAUCAGAUUGACAUUAGGUCAUUGAACAUUUGUGGAAAGGCUAAAUAUGUAUUGAAUUUACCUUGUUAAAAGGCAUUUCCUGAAAAUCAUGCUGUUAUCGAAACAGUCUCUGGCAAAAAUGAUCACUGACUGCAAUGAGAUGUUAACUGGUCCUUCAAGCUGAUCAUUUUAAACUAUGACACAGACUAUAGUAAUUAUGUUAACCAAGAGUUGCAAGGGAAAGAAUUGCAGCCACAUAUGCAGUUCCAGAGUAAAGUCAUCAUCUGGCAAUUUACACAAGAUAGUAUUUCUUCCCAAAAAGAAUGAA